AUGGCUCGCUGUCGCUUGUGCCUCCUCCUGCUCACCAUCCCGGCCGUCGCCGCGCAUAGCACGGUGCUCUGCGUCCGCGGUGCGUCGUCCGUCGUCAUGCAGCACGGCGGAAAGGGCGCGCCGCGCACCCUGCACCUCCGGACGCCGGCGCGUACCGCGAGCCGCGCACCGCCCGUGCGAAUGUUUGGGCCGCCGGGCGGUGGCUUCCUCAACAUGGGCACACCGGAGCUGGUUGUGAUUGGUGCGGUCGCGUGGGUGCUCCUCGGUCCGAAGGAGCUGUUCCGGCUCUCGCGCGAGGCCGGCGCCUUCCUCGGCGAAUGGCAGCAGCUCGGGCGGCAAGCGCAGCAAACCUUUCAGGACGCGCUGGAGUCGGAGCUCGCAGAGGAGGAGGGCGCGGCCGCCGGACCGAACUCGCCGUCGUCCAUCGCCGCGAAGUGGCGCGAGGAGGCCAACGACACAGCGCCGCCGGCCGUCUUUGAGGACCUCGACGAGAAGUACGCGCGCGGCGAGCUGGACGAGGAGGCGAUGCUCAAGGAGAUGCAGGCGACGCUGGGCGACCCCGAGACAAACAGGCAGAACUUCCAGGCGCAGCUCUCGGGCGAGCGCAACGCGCAGGUGCUUGCCGAGAACCCGGCGCCGGAGGGGUUCGACCUGGACGGCUCGGAGGGGGAGCUGCAGGGCGCGGAGGAGGACUUGCUCGCCGUGCAGAUUGCCGAGGCGGAGAACGCCCUCGCCGCCCUGCAGGCGGAGAAGGACGUCCUCGCGUUGCGCCGCAAGCAGCUCGAGGCAAACGCGGAGCGCGCGCGCCGGCGGGCAGAGGACGAGGCGCUGGCGGGGCGGGAAGGGCCGCCGGCGUGA